AUGGAGCAAUUUCUUGCUGGUCUUGACGACCUUUUGACCAAGUUAGCUCAAGCACAAGACUCAGAAACGAUCAGAAACGCUACUUCAGUACUAAACACUCAGUACUAUGUUACAGCUGACUGUGUACCUGCCCUUGUCGAGGUCGUCGCUCGUUCACCUCACUUUCAAGUACGUCAACUGGCUGCUGUUGAGCUUCGUAAGAGAACUAACAAAUGGUGGUCUCAAAUUCAAGAGUCAGUCAAGGUCAACUUGCGUGCUCAACUCUUGACUAUUGCUCUUAAUGAACAAAAUGAUUCCGUUCGUCAUUCUAUCGCUCGAGUAAUAUCAACUGUGGCAGGUAUUGAUAUGCCAGAUAACAAAUGGCCAGCCUUGCUCGAGUUCUUGCACCAGUCCUGCUCCAGCCAGAGCCCUGCCCACCGUGAGAUCGGUUUGUACUGCCUUUAUACCUUAUUUGAAGUCAUUGCCGAUUUCUUCAUGAACAAUACUACUUCACUCUUUGAAUUGUUUAACAAGACGAUUGUUGAUCAAGAAAGCAAGUCAGUUAGAAUCACCACCGUAUUGGUUCUCGGCAAACUAUCCGAAUUUGUUGAUAGCGAAGACAAGUCUACGAUCAAGAUGUUUAGAGCUAUUAUCCCCAGCAUGGUUAAUGUGCUGGAGCAAUGUAUCAAGGACGGUGAUACCGAUAAUGCAAGCAAAAUAUUUGAAGUAUUCGACACUUUGCUCAUGUUGGAUGCCCCCUUACUGUUUGAGCAUUUGGCGCAUCUGAUUGAUUUCUUCUUGACGGUUGGAUCCGACACCACCCUGGAUGAUGAAAUGCGUGUCUUGGCACUAUCCUUCUUGAUGUGGGCUGCCGUUUACAAACAACACAAGAUUAGACAGAUGAAGUUGGUUGGUCAUAUUGUUGAAAAGUUAAUGCCCAUCGGUACUGAAGAGGACCCUGAAGACGUUGACGAAGACUCUCCUUCACGCCUUGCUUUCAAGGUUCUGAAUGCCUUGGCUACCAACAUUCCUCCUCAACAGGUGUUUCCUAUUGUUAUGCCGUUUGUCUUGAGCUAUGUCCAAAACCCUGAUCCUCGAUUCCGUAAGGCUGCCAUGAUGGCCUUUGCUGUGACGGUUGAAGGAUGUACUGAUAUUAUCUCCACCAAACUAAAUGAGCUCCUUCCUUUGGUUUGUGGCAGUCUUCAAGAUCCAGAGAUUAUCGUCCGUCGUGCUGCCUGUAUGGCUCUUGGUUGUCUUGCUGAUGAGAUGCCCUCAGAUGUAUCCGAGCACCACCAAGUCUUACUUCCUCUCGUAUUUAAUCUGAUGAACGACAACAAUGCCGAAGUAACCAAGCACGCAUGUAAUGCUCUGGAUGCCAUUCUUGACGGCUUAGGAUCCGAUAUCAUCCAAUAUCUUCCUCUGUUGAUGGAGAAACUCUUAUUCCUUCUGGAUAACGCCAAUCAAAACGAAACAAGAGCCACUGUGAUUGCUGCGAUUGGUAGCGCUGCUCAUGCUGCAGGCGAAGCUUUCCAUCCUUACUUCUUGCAAGUGUUGCCACGUAUUGUUCAAUUCAUGUCGACAAAGGAACCUGCAGAUGAUCACUUGCUCCGUAGUGUUGCCACAGAUGCCGCUGGUUCAAUUGCUGAAGCAGUCGGUGCUGACGCUUUCCGUCCCUACACCCAAGAUAUCAUGAACUUGGCUAUCGAGCAGCUGCAUCUCGAAUCAGCACGUCUUCGUGAAUGCUCUUUUGCUCUCUUCUCAAACCUCGUCCGUGUGUUUGGUGAAGAAUUCGCUCCUUUCUUACCCACGAUCGUUCCUGAAAUCAUUUCGACCUGUAAGGCCGAAGAAAAGUCUGAGGCUGCUGUCGAAGAAGAGAUCGAUUUGACAACAGGUGGUGUCGAUGACGAGUUGGAAGACGAAUUUGAAAACUUUAGCUUCAAUUCUCCUUUGGCGGACGAAAAGGAAUUUGCGGUGGAUGCCCUUGGAGAGCUGUUUGCUAAUACCAAGAGUCACUUCUUGCCCUAUCUCGAAACCUCCUUGGCCGAGUUGCAAAAGCUUUCGAGCCAUUUGUUUGACGGCGUUCGUAAAUCGGCUACACAGAGCUUGUUUACUUUCCUCAAGACAGCUUACACCAUGUCUAAUCCUACUGCUUGGGUUUCUGGUGUGCCUGCUUCAUACACAGUCCAUGAAAAUGUCCAGACGUUGAUUAACUCAAUUGUGCCCAUGACCAUCGAACUGUGGAAGGAAGAAGAUGAUCGUUCUGUUGCUGCUCAAAUCUGCCUCGAGUUUGUUGCUGCUCUCCGCCUGAUGGGACCUAUUGUCGUAAACGAAUGUCUUGAGGAUAUUUGCAACAACUUGUUAGAAAUCUAUCAAAAGAAGUCUCUUUGUCAACAAGCCUUUGAUGAAGGUGAUUUUGAUGAGGAGGAUGAUGAUUUGGAAUCAGAAGCGAUGCUCAUCAGUUCUGCUAGCGACCUUGUCGCUGCCUUGUGUGAAACUGUCGGGCCCAACUUUACUGCUUCCUUUGAGGUCUUUUUACCUUACAUCUUAAAGUACUACAAGCCUACCAAGAGUCAGACUGAAAGAGCCAUGGCUGUCGGCUGUUUAGGUGAAUGUAUCGUUGGCAUCAAGUCUGCUAUUACUCCUCAUACAGAACGUCUCUUACAAGUCUUUGUCAAGGCUUGCAGUGAUGAAGAUGAGCUUGUCCGUAGCAAUGCUGCAUUUGCUUUAGGCUGCUUGACUAUUCAUACCCAAGUUGACUUGAGCGCACACUAUCCUGCCUUGUUAACUGCUCUUUCUCCCUUGUUUAAUAACCAAACCUUACCCAACACGACAGAUAAUGCCGCAGGUGCUGUUGCUCGAAUGAUCAUUGCUCAUCCUGAAGCUGUGCCCUUGGACCAAGUAUUACCUGUAUUCAUAAAUGCUUUACCUUUGAAGGCUGAUUAUGAAGAAAACCAGCCUGUGUUUGAAUGUAUCUUUAAAUUGUUUGGCGCAAACAACGCAUAUGUCUUUAACAAUUUACCACAAUUUCUUCACAUCUUUGCUCAAGUUCUUUCUGAUAAUGAGCAAUUAAAGGAAGGCACUAGAAACCACUUGAUCGAGCUCAUCCGUGCCUUAAACACUCAGAGACCUGAUUUAAGCAUUGCCUCAAGCGAAUUGGCUCGCUUCUUGUAA